ACGCGGAUACCGUGUGAUGACGCCAUCAGAGCGUGCCGCCGGGCUGCGCUCUGUUCCCCGCCUGGCCGCUCGCUGCGCGGGGCCAGGCUCCAGGCCGCGGCGGUCGCCAUGGAGACGGACACGCAGGGGCCCUUCGUGCUGAGCAACCUGGCCGAGGUGGUGGAGCGGGUCCUGAGCUUCCUGCCCACCAAGGCGCUGCUGCGGGCGGCCUGCGUGUGCCGGUUAUGGAGAGAAUGCGCUCGUAGAAUACUGAGAACGCAGCAGAGCGUAGCCUGGGUAUCCGCCCUUGAGCCUGGUCCAUCUGACACUCAUUCGCUCGUCCGCACAUUAGCAGAGGAACUUGAGAAAGUGCAUGUCCUACCACAAACUGUGCUCUACAUAGCAGAUGCAGAGACUUUCAGUGGGCAUGAAGACUGUCAUGGACAAAAGAAAGCAAGAAAAAGAAAUAGUAAAGAAACAGCAAUUUCAUUAGAGAAACUAUUGCCAAAACGAUGCCAAGUUCUGGGGCUGGUCACCCCUGGAAUUGUAGCUACUCCUAUGGGCUCACGUGGGAAUCGGCCUCAAGAAAUUGAAGAUGGUGAAGCUGGCUUUGCUUUAUUGUUCCCCAAAAUUGAUGGUGUGAAGAUCCAUACUUUUCACUUGUUUAAAGAUCUGAAGAACAAAGUCUUUGAUGAAAGUAAAUUCGCUGAGGCAGGUCUCAAGAACAAUCCUGACCUCAGAGUGGUUCUUCUGUUUGGCUACAAUUCCUGGCGGACAGGAGCAACUCGAUUUCUUCACCAAGUCAUCAAUCCUUUGAAUGAAAAAAGUAUCAUUCUGGCUGGUGGGCAUGUGGAGAACUUCACAUCACUGACCUCAGAAAAUUUUUCUUCCCAGAAGCAAAUUUUAGUUCUGAAGAUCUGUAAGACUUCUGGCAUGCAUUCUAAAUGGGCAAGAUUUUUCCCUGAAGUUUACAGCCAAAGAUCCAGUGAAAUAUAAGUACUGCAUGAAAAUCAGAAUGUAUUGUAACAGACCUAGGGACCCAGGAAUUCUGCCAUCUUCUUCAGUGAGAAUGGGAUUACAAUCUGAGCAGGAGUGUCAGAAUUUGGCCAACUGUUUCUUUUUGACCAUCAGAAUACGAAUUUGUUUUAUACAUGGAACAUACAAUUCUUUAUCUAAAGAGAGAACUUCCUUUGGAAACUUCCUAUGGAAAUGCUUAUGAAAUCCACACUAAUACAUAAUUUCCUCAAUAUUAUUGCUAUUAUUUUAUGUAAUCAAACAUCUCAUAACCAAGGCAAAACACAUGUAGGCAAAAUUUAUGUAGAUACACAAUCACAUAAUUUCAUUUAUCAUAUACCCUUGAUGGCUUCACCAUACUCUGCCAACUAACAUACUUCCUAGAUCUUUGUGAUAUAUUCUAAACAUCUAAGCACCUUGAAACUGGUGCCAUUAAAAAUAUAUUUACCAAAAAAAUGUGUCUUCUCCCACCUCCACAUCAGAUUGGGAAAUUCAACCCAAAAUAACCUGAUGAGAGGCCUAGGAUGACUGUUGAGUUUUAAACUCUUUGUAGAGCAGGAAGUGGCAUGAGGGCUAUGUUCUGUCUGUUCCCUGAGUACUGGCAGGUUCUACGGGGAUGGGAAUUAAGUAGUGCACAUACAAAUAACAUGAAUAAAGAAUGGCUGUUCGGUGUGCCCAGCCACUUAUGCAGAUGCCACUGAGAAUUGCCUGUCAAGGGGCUGUGUUAAAGCCAUAAUCUAGCCUUCUUCUGAAUUGGGCUGCCAACUGUGAAGGUAGCCUUAACAGCAGAAGGAUGCAAUGUCAGGUGUAACCCUCAGUUUGUGCUACAGCCUCAUACAUCAGCCAUUUUAGAGAUAAAAUCAGGUAUAUAAAGUUAUAGGCUUGCUGAAUAUUGGUGACUUUGAAUCUUAAACCAAAAAAAUAAAUGUUAGCAAAGAAAUCAUAAUGUAGCUGUUGCAGGUAUGCAGAAUUGAUAGGGCAAAUGCGUCAAGGAAUACCUCAAAACCUGUGGUAUCCCUGAAGUAAUUAAUCAAGUGACCUGUUCUCUGUAUACCCUUGACUGAUAUAUACUGCAGUGAUUUGGAGUUAGGAAGUUCAGCUUUUUGUGACGUCUGACACAUUUUCAGUGAAAGGAAAAUAAUUUGGCUCUGUAUAGCUGACUUGUUUGAGAUUUUGAAAAAUACAGUUUUUGCCCUGUCACAACUCUCAGCUGCUACUAUGGAGCAAAUGACAAAACUGCUUCUAGACUGGAAUAUGAAAAGAAUAGUUUAUUAAUAUAGUGCCUGUUACCAUACCAUGGGUAUGUCUACAUGUCACUGUAUGGUGACCUGGCUAUGGUGCUGUGUUUUAGCAUUACCCUUUGGAAGCACUAAAGCAUGGCACAGUACGGGCUGUUACUGCACUGUGCAUGAGGCACACAGGUAAAUUUCCCAGCUGUGUUGCUGUAACAGCAUGCUAUACUGGGGAAGCACACUGCUACAGUGACAUUAGUUGGUGAUCACAUGUAGAUCCAUCUUUACUAUGUCACUGUAGCAUGCCCUGCUAGGUGCAGAGCCUGGCCUACUAGCCCAGUAAGAAGCCACUCUGGCAAAGGAGAACAAAAAAAAGUGUAAUGCAAAAAUGAACAGCUAGUAGUGGACACAGCCAUUGAUAAUGAAUAGAAAUAUCUUAGGUUGAACCUAAAAACAGUUAGAGAGAGAAUCUGAUAUCAGUUUACAAUCUGUGUUCAUGUUUUUUAAAAAGCAAUAAUUCUGACUGGGGUUAACUGUGGGGUUAUAGCAAAGGUAAAAGAAAUGAAUCACAGAGUUAAAGGUGACUGAGUGACCUUGAAAAUACUGAAGAUGAUUCAUGCAAGUACAAAUGCAUUUUAGUCACAUGACAGGUAUGAGGUUCUGUAGGCUAUGGUCACUAGUCAGUACGGCAGAAACAUUCUUGAGUACAUGCUGGAAUGCAAAGUGUUUUGGUACAAAGUUGUUUUUGUCUUUGCAGUAUUUUGCAGCUAGAAACAUGGAAAAUUUCAGUCUUCACUAAGUUGAAAAACAAUAAUUCACAUAUAUAAUUACUGAUCUACAUUCCUUUAAGUAAAAAUGAUGUAUAUUUAUUUUUAAAUUGAUAUUUUCAAGUUUGUAACGUGUCAGUUAUGUUGAAGAAUAAAUGGCAGAAAUUACAAUUGGUUGCAUUCCUUGCACAGUAACUGCUUUUCAUAAGACUUCUGUUUUAAACAUGGUGUUCUAGAAAAAUGUUUUUAAUAAAGCUAUUUUCAUUUUGUA